AUGUUGCGCCCAGUGGUCGUGAAGCACCAAGGCAAAAAGCACGAUGUCGAAGUCGACCCUUCCUCCGACGGCGCUACGUUCAAGCUGCAGCUCUUUUCGCUCACCGGUGUCGAGCCAGAGCGCCAGAAAAUCAUCGUCAAGGGCGGCCAGCUCAAGGACGACGCCGACAUGUCCAAGCUGGGCCUGAAACCCAAGCAGACUCUCAUGAUGAUGGGCACACCAUCGGGAGACGCAAACACAAUAGAAAGGCCGAAAGAGAAGAUCCGCUUCCUCGAGGAUAUGACCGAGGCAGAAGCCGCGCAGAUUGACGGCGCCACACCGGCUGGCCUGCAGAACCUGGGCAACACCUGCUACAUGAACUCUACGCUCCAGACGCUGCGAUCUAUCCCUGAGCUUCAGGAAGAGCUCUUGCGAUACUCCGCCAGAUCCAGCAAUGCCGGUUCAAGCUCAGCAAGCCAGCUCAGCCAGUUUGGUCUCGGUGGCCUCGGCGCCUCCAUGGACCUCACAGGCAGCCUCCGCGAUCUCUUCAAGCAGAUGUCCGAGACCCAGCAGGGCUUCCCUCCGCUGAUGUUCCUCAACGCCCUCCGAACAGCUUUCCCUCAGUUCGCGCAAAAGUCCAAGGACGGUCACGGCUACGCACAGCAGGACGCAGAAGAGGCAUGGUCACAAAUUGUAUCCCAGCUUCGGCAAAAGCUCAAGAUCAAGGACGAGGGGUCAUCUAAUGGCCAGGCUGCAAAGGACUUGUCCUUCAUUGACAAAUACAUGGCGGGGAAGUUCGAGUCUGUCAUGGAAUGCGACGAGCCUGCGGCUAAGGAAGGUGGCGAGGAACCUGUGCAGAGCGAAGAUACUUUUUUCAAGCUCAACUGUCACAUCACUGUCGACACGAAUCAUCUUCGUGAUGGGCUGGCCGCUGGGCUGAAGGAACAGAUCGAAAAACGUUCUGAGGCUUUGGGGCGGGAUGCGUUGUACACCAAGACAUCACGCAUUGCGCGACUCCCUAAGUAUCUCACCGUGCACUUUGUGCGUUUCGACUGGCGGAGAACAACUAAUAAGAAAGCAAAGAUCAUGCGGAAGGUCACCUUUCCUGAGGAGCUAGAUGCGGUCGAGUUCUGCACGGAUGAUUUGAAGAAGCUUUUGAUUCCGGUCCGCGACAAGAUUCGCGACAUCCGGAAGGAGGAGGAGGAUGUUGAGCGUGCCCGGAAGCGCCAGCGCCGCAUGAAAGCUGGUGAGGAGAACGAUGCUGGCCCAAAUACCAAGGAGCCUCUCCAGAAGAAGUCCGAGGCCAAGCAGGCUGCCGAGAAGGCCAAGGAAGAAGAUGUGGAGAUGCCAGAUGUUGAGUAUAAGACGGAGGCUCAGAUUGAGGAGGAGAGGGCAGCAUCUAUCCUGAACGCCAAGAAAGAACUUCUUGCCCUGGUUGACUCGAAGAUGGCCGCGGACGAAGGGGCGAACCAAACUGGUCUCUAUGAGCUUAGAGGAAUCAUAACACACCAGGGUGCCAGUGCCGAUAGCGGUCAUUACACCUCGUUUGUGAAGAAGCAGGGCACAAAGGAUCCAGUAACGGGGAAAAGGAAAGAGGAAGACGGCAAAUGGUGGUGGUUCAACGACGACAAAGUCUCGGAAGUCGAUUCUGAGAGGAUCCAGACACUGUCCGGUGGUGGUCAGAGUCACUCAGCGUUGAUCCUCCUUUACCGCGCCGUCCCGUUGGCCACCAUUGACGAGAGCAACAACGCAUAGACAGGGUGACCCUCACUCGCCGGGGCGUUCGAUGGUUGUCUUCACCUUCGGUGCUGGACAUGACAAUGAGCAGUGAAGCAUGUCAUUUGGCGUUGCAUAGAGGCUCAUGAAUGUACGAAAAGCAGUAGAGGUUAUGGCAUACUUAGGCCCACAAAGCAAAUGUAUAGCAGCUGUCUCGGAUUUGACCU